AAUAUGGCGGUCACAGGUGUAGGGCAAAUAUCACUUUCCUCACGAAAAUUUGCCAUUCUCGGUGGAGGAAUAUCUGGCCUAGCCGCCGCUUAUCACCUACUGGAUAAAGUGAAAGACCCGAGUAACAUAACAGUUCUUGAAUCUAGCGAGAGAGUUGGGGGAUGGAUGCAAAGUUGCUCUACGGAGAACGGGGCUGUUUUCGAGUUAGGCCCGAGAAGUAUUAGGCCCGCAGGCAAUGCCGGGAGAGCAACCCUUAAAAUUGUAAGUAGAAUUCAUAUGAGGGAAAAUUUCUCACGAGUGUGUGUCACUCGUGGUCGCUUUUUGUUUUUAUGCUCAACUGAAGUCCUAUAUUGGAGCAGUAGCUCCACAAUUCAUUGGGGGUGAUUUAGGGACCAGUCGUAUUUAAAAGGGGGGAGGGACAGGGCUAAUGCAAAAUUGUAUAUCCCUUGUUUACUUUAUCCUAACCCGCCUUUUCGUGAGGCACUUGUAGUUAAGUGCUUUGUUAGAUAUUAGGGGUAUUUUACCUUAUGUUUUGUUAUGCCGGAAUCAUUGAAUACUUGUAGAAAUUUAUAUGCCUACCCCCCAAUCUUUUUAUCUUUGCAUAAAAAUUGGCGACCUACCAACUUUCUCCACCAGCCCUUCCUCCUUCUAAAUCACAAAAGGUCCCUUAGAGGGUACUUUCUCUUUGGUGGGAAGGGGUCACUCGAUUCAUGUUCACAAAAUGAUCUUUCUUCUGUACUUUUUGAACAGGUUCAUGAUCUGGGCUUGGAGAAAAAUGUUCUCUCAGUUUCUUCAAGUCAUCCUGCAGCAAGGAGCAGAUUUAUAUACUCUCGUGAAAAACUGCAUCAGCUUCCCUCUGGAGUUAUAUCAAUAAUAAAAAGACAAUCUUUGUUUUCUAAAUCAUUACUACCUACUAUAAUUAGAGAACCAUUUGUGAGAAUAAAGCAAGAUCAUGAGGAUGAAAGCAUUUAUAAUUUCUUCAAAAGAAGGAUGAAUGAAGAGGUAUGUGCAUUUACUAGUUUUCAUUUGUCACAAUGUAUUUUAAUGUAAAUGUUUGAUCUGUGAACAAAGGCUGUUGCAAAUUCUUUGAUUUUAGUUGAUUUAUCGCAGGUGAAUUUGCCCAAAAUGUCAACUCAAUAUCAGUAGAAUCACUUUGGAUAUUUGUCAUGAUUGGCUUAUUGUGUUUGCUUUUCUGUGGUUUCAAGGUAGCGGAGUAUCUCAGUGAUCCACUCUGUAGAGGCAUCUUUGCUGGUGACUCUCGUUUGCUGAGCCUUCAGUCAUGUUUUCCUGCUGUGCAUCAGUAUGAGAAUCAACAUGGUUCCAUAAUCAAAGGAGCUUUCUUUACAAAAGAAGGUACCUGCGUUUGCAUUUCAGAGGGAAGGUCUUCAGAAUUUAGUAGAAGCAACCCUCUUCUAAAUGUGGUUGAACCAUGUCAUUCUUAAAAUUGAAGAGCUUUUAACUAACCUCAUAAACUUUUAACCCUUUACACCCUAACAUCAACAUGCACAUUCUCCAUACUGUUUUCUUUACAUUUCCCAAUGUGCUGGCAAGGAGAAUUUGUUUAAGGUUCUUCAGCUGAGUAUCAUUUCUUUUAUCCACUUGACCUUAAUGUUUGAUUCAGUAGUGAUAGGGUAUUGAAAGGAGAAAGCUAGUCACUCUCAGGGAUUACAGGGUUAAGGUCACUCCAUAGUGUUCCAUUGCACAUCCUUCCUGUGCAUAAUUUCACAUGUAACUAAGGCGCACAUUAAAAAAUGGAUGUUUUUUUGGAGCUCACUGGAGAGGUAUAUGUAACUCAUCAGUUUUUCUCCAACAAGCAUGGUGACCUAUCUUUAUUUUCUGUCUUGGAAUUGAGCUAUGUCUCUCUUCCUGUAAAAUAAAUAUAAAGGUAAGCAAUUCUCAUAGGUUAGGAAUGGAAAUGAUUGAAGUAGAUUGCAAAUGAAAAAAUGAAAUGUCCUCCAUUCAUUUUAGUCUCCGACCCCUCUGUUAUGAGUCCAUUGGCAAUGAGGGCUAAAGAAGAACAAUGGAGCACUUGGUCGCUCAAGGGCGGUUUGCAGACACUAUCUGACAAACUACUUGAAGUAUUAAUACAGCGGGGAGUGAACGUCAAAAUGACCUCACCUUGUACAGCUGUGAAUUUUAACCCUGACGGCAAACUGAGAGUAGCAUGGCCCCAUGAGGAGCUAACAGUAGAUCACGUGAUGAGCGGCAUACCAGCUGAGAGUCUCGCAACUAUUUUACCCGAAGACUGCCUGGAAUUAACAUCGGAGUUGAAAAAUAUAAACAGUACAACAGUAGCUGUGGUCAAUCUUGAGUACGAAGGAAAUGUAGUGCCCGUGGAGGGGUUUGGGUAUUUAGCUCCUUCCUCUGAACCAUUGAAAGUUCUCGGGAUUAUCUUUGACUCCUGCGCCUUCCCUGAAAAUGAUCGACCCGGAGGAAAAACUACACGAUUAACUGUAAGUAAGCCAAGUUGUUCAUAACAAAAGAUCCUUUUAAAGUAUCCACGUUCAGUAUACCCCUAAAAAGACCGAUUUGAAAUUGAGUGAAGAAAGUGGUUCAGGUUACUUCGGUUUCACUUCGCUACGCUCUUGUAAUUUGUUCAGAAAACCUUGUGCCUCUUUUGAAACCAAGAAAAUACAUAUUUAAGUAUCGACUUUCAGUAUAAUCGUACAAAGAGCAAUAUUUUAUUGAGUGGCAAAAGAGUGCCUUGGUUAACAGCAUAACAGGUCGGGGCUCGAACCUGGACUUCUCGUUCCAGAGUCCAGCGCGCUCCCGCAGACCCCUGUGUCUCUAAUUGUAAUUAUUGUAAUUAUAGUAAAAAUCCUAGUAUUACUAUAUAGUUAUAAUUAGUAUUAAUUUAUAGUUAUAAUGAUAACGAUGAUGAUAAUGAUACCACUUCUACCAAUAAUAACGAUAAUAACAAUGAACCUGACUCGUUUCGUUUCUGUUCCCUAUUUCAAUUCCAUCCCUUUUCUGUCGACUUUCAGGUCAUGAUGGGAGGUCACUGGUUCAAUUCCUUAUUUGGAGAUCCUAACUCAGUAGACCCCAGUCAUCUACAAGACGUUGCGGAAGAAGCUGCCGAAAGAACGCUCGGCAUCCGAACUAAACCGACGAGUUGUUUGACCACUGUGCAACAUGACUGUAUACCUCAGUACACCUUGGGUCAUUCUUAUCGUUUAAAAAACAUUUUCGACUUCAUUGAGAAACGCAAGUUACCUCUUUCUCUGAUCGGAUCAUCAUAUAAUGGUGUUAGCGUAAAUGACUGUAUUUAUAAUGCUCAGCGCGCUGUAGAACGAAUUUUGGCAGCGAAUUGAUAAAGGUUCGAACUCUAGUUAGCAAAUAUCGUAGACUACCUCGUAGAGGUAGGUUCAUCGUAGUACAUCGUUGUAGUCUGGUUUUGUAUGAUUCUGCAAGUGUGAAUGAAACCAAACGCAUAAAUGUCGUUUGGACAGUGAGGUACUAAGCCGAACCCACGAAAAAACAAACCAAGUUUCUUUUCUAGCACGACGCACCUUGUCUCGUGCCAUUCUCUUAUCCACUCAAUCCACUGUAGCAGAAAGCUAUCGCCUAAUGUUAGUAAAGAAAAGAGGGUUGACGGUCCACAAAUACUAUCUUUGCCGAUAAUAUUUUUUUCUUGUCACUACUGGUCUAGACAACAAGGUCAUAAGUCAGAGUUCGACAAAAAGAAAUCUGGGUUUCAGAAUUUUCCCGGGGAUGGUAUGUGAAGUACUCGUUUGAGAUCAUUUUUAUGGACAGAACAUUUAAGCAAUUGAUGAUAAAUAAAUGGAUACAUAUUUUGUUUAAUACAUUUAGAAGGCGUAGCCAUGCGAUCAUU